CGUUUCUUUGGGUUUGGAUAAUUAAAAAUUCUCCUUGCCGGGUACAUAAAACUAGUUCAAUAUUUUGUUACAGCUUCCGAAGUUCAUUCUAAGAGCAGAGAUUAGGAGCGGAGAAAGGAAGAACUUUUAGCAGAGAAAAAUGAUCUGUACAUCAUCUCUCCAACCCAGUCUCAUCUCUUCGUUCUUUGGGGUACGUUUCAUUCAACCUGUACAGCCUCUUCACCGAAUGUUCGGCUAUAACCCCGGAUCUAAACAUGUAUUGAUGCGGUUAUCAAGAAGCCUUUCUGGCUUAACUGAUCUUCUAUUCAAUAAGAGAAACCAGGUUGACUCAGUGAACAGUAAACAAAAACGUCUACGCCCUGGAAAAAUAUCUCCUCGUCGACCAGUUCCAGAUCAUAUACCAAGGCCUCCAUAUGUUAAUUCACGACAACCACCUGGAAUUUCAAGUGGUUCUGAAGUUCAUGAUGAGAAGGGAAUAGAGUGCAUGAGAGCUUCUGGUAGGCUUGCAGCACAAGUCUUGGAGUAUGCUGGAACUUUAGUCAAGCCAGGUGUAAAAACAGAUGAAAUUGAUCAAGCAGUUCACCAAAUGAUUAUUGAUAAUGGAGCAUACCCUUCACCUCUUGGCUAUGGUGGUUUUCCAAAGAGCGUGUGUACAUCAGUUAACGAAUGUAUUUGCCAUGGGAUACCAGACUCACGUGUCCUUGAGGAUGGUGAUAUAAUCAAUAUUGAUGUCACUGUUUAUUUGAAUGGUUUUCAUGGUGAUACGUCAGCAACUUUUCUCUGUGGAGAUGUCGGUGAAGAAGCCAAAAACCUAGUUCAGGUAACAAAGGAAUGUCUGUAUAAGGCCAUAGCAGUUUGUGCACCAGGAGUGGAGUUCAAGAAAAUUGGCAAAACAAUACAUGAUCAUGCAGACAAAUAUCGUUAUGGUGUUGUCCGACAAUUUGUUGGCCACGGGGUGGGACGAGUUUUUCAUGCAGAUCCAGUUAUUCUACACUUUAGAAACAAUGAAGGAGGGCGCAUGGUCUUGGGGCAGACAUUCACUAUUGAGCCAAUGCUGACAAUUGGUAGCAGUAACCCAGUUAUGUGGGAUGAUGACUGGACAGUCGUUACAGAAGAUGGAAGUCUUUCUGCACAAUUUGAGCACACCUUACUGGUUACGGAGGAUGGAGCUGAGAUACUAACACAAUGUUAAAAUGGUGUACGAUCAAGAAAGAGUGAAAACCUGCAAUAGUCCGACCAUUAUUUGGGCUUUUCUUUGUCUGUAUUCU